AUGGCAGACAAACGAAGGAGGAAGAGCCUGAGCCUCUUCCGGCCGAAGCUCGAGGCAACUCCUUCCGUUCAAAUCCCCACGAGUCCGUCUGAGAAGCGUUCCGAUGAAUACUACAAUCCCAGCCCUGUUGAGCCGGAACAGCCUAGCCCCAAGGUCAGGCCUCGAACUCUUCAAAAAUCCAAUCGGACCUCCGUCUUUGGAUCUAUCCGCUCCCUCCAUUCGCUCGACGAGGAUGAAAAGAUGGCACUGACUAGAUCCGAUUCCAAGGCUUCGUCAUUGGCAGAGGAUGGAGACAUUGGCAUGAAAGGCCUCCUGGGUGAUAAGGUCUCCCAAUACGGAGAAGUACUAGCAGGAGGCACUAACAUGUUUCGAAAAAGAACCCAGUUCUUGGUCUUGACAGAGUCACAUCUAAUUCGCUUCCGAAAUCAAUCCAAAGCCAUUGAAAUGUUUCCUAGCAUCCCCUAUACCAGCCUUAGGGGUCAUGCUCCCCGGUCAUCCUCCGUCAGUUCAUACCAGGAACUCCAAUUUGCUACAUACUCCGACAUCACGUCAGCCAUUCCUCUGGAACAAAUCAUCGCGGUGUGUAAGUUUGACGAUGGUCGACCAGUUCCAUCCAUCGAGGUGGCGCAUCUAGAUGAACGAACAAGAAAAUUUUCAGUUCUGCAAUUUCAAGUCACCGACCUGCGUGAAUCGGAUUUGUGGACUACUGCAAUACGCUCGGCUGCAAAGGCAAGCCAAGCGGGCUCGUCACGACAGGUACAAGCUCAAACGCUUGAGUCCAUCGCUCGUGUUCUGGACCGGGAUCGGGAUUAUGACCCCGAGCAUUUCCGUGUAUUCAAAGCAGUGCAGCGUUCUACUACCAAACCGAACACCAAAUCCUCCGCUGAAGAUUUGACUAGACUUAAUUCGACCAUCUGUUACGUGGCUAUAGGUCUUUACAAGAUACAUCUAGUCCCUUUGAACAAGUCGUCCUCGAGGUCAUCUAGCACUUCUUUGAGUGAAAUGGACUCUUCGAGCUCUUACGGGAUUGUGAACUUGACGGCGAUAAAAGUGCAUUCCGAACAAGACAACUUUCAGCUGCUGUUGAAGUCCCCAUUGGGCCAGCCAUAUACCCUACAAUUGGCGUCAUCCGCCGCUGAAGAUAUAGCACUGUGGCUGAGAUUCACCUCAGAGUAUUUACGACCGGAAUGGAUUCGCCAACCAUUUACUUUCGAUGUCCCUGAAGAGCUUGACGAUAAGAUGAACCCACCCAACUAUCCCCAAGAAGACCAUCACUGCUUUGAUCGGACACUCAUCGCAUAUUGCGCUGCGUACGAUGUCGACACAUCCCGAAUUUGCUACUCUGUGGACUAUCAAUGCGAAGAUGCACCCUGCUUCCAACUCCUCGCGCCGUCAACAAGUGCACCUUAUUCCAAUUUGGAAUUACUUGCUGUCUUCAGGUCGCUGCGUUACAACGAAUCUUUCAGUUCAAUCUCCUUCGCUCGGAUCAAUUUAAGCCCUCUGCGCAAAUUAUAUGAUAUCUUUGGCACUGAUCUAGACAGUUUAACCACCCGCUCUGGACAUCCGACAAAUAUAACGGGCCACCAAGACUUACCUGUACUGUGCCAAGAGGUUCGAGGGCUCGCACUAAAGAGCCGUCGGCUAAGACGAUUGGAUUUCUCAUACAGUAUCCCACAUCAGGUCGUCGCUGAUGAUGAGCAACCCUUUAAUUGCGGCAUUCCAGAAGCAUUGGCGCCUCUUUGCAAAAAGUCUCUCACCAAUGUGGAUUGGUUAAUCUUGACGGGUCUGAAGCUUGCGGAUACCGAUCUAAAUCAUCUAGUGGAUGCUGCAUCUGAACGCAAGUGUCAUUUCAGGGCUUUGGAGAUAGGUGAAUGCGGCUUAUCAGUCCAUGAUAUUGAUGUCUUGCUAUCCGCCCUUGCAGUCCAAGAGAAUACUGUCGAGGUAAUCAAUAUAUCGGGUGCUCAAGGGCGCUUUAGUCCCGAACUGUUCCAGAGAGCCAUUGGUGCCUUUAGCAGGAUCCGCCGCCUGAACCUGAAUAGAGUGCAGAAGACUGCUGGACCGGAGCCUCUAGUUGCACCGGAUGCCCUUUUCGCUUGGAGAUUAGAAGAGCUACAUCUUUCUCAAACAACGCUGAACGAACAAACAGUUGAUUCGAUAUCGACAUAUUUGGCCACUCCCAAGUCCGAGAUUCUCCGAGAACUGCAAGUCGAUCAAUGUGGAUUGAAUGGCCGGGAUCUUGCGACAUUUUUCAGGUCCAUGACAAGAGAAGAUGGCCAACCCAGAGCCAUGCAUGUGAGCGCCAACGAAAAUCGGUUGAAAGUGGGUGGUUCGAUAUUGUACAAAACGAUUGCGCAAAGCCAUGGACCCUCAUCAUUGAGUAUGCGUAUGAUGGAUUUUGAGAAGGAAAGCCACUUCCGUGAAUUGAUCCAGGCGUUGAAAACAAAUACCACAAUACGGAGUCUGGAUAUCUCGCGUGCGUCAUUGCCCUAUGAUGCAUCCAUGGAAACAUGCGAGGCUCUCAAAGAAAUGUUCGCGACCAACAACACUCUUGAAGAGCUAAAUAUUAGCGGAGAACAUGCCCACCUCGAUGCCACCCGAUUUGGCAUUGGCUUGAACGUAGCACUGCGAGGGUUGGCGCAUAAUCGAAGUUUGAAACUGCUGAGGAUUGAAUAUCAAUCGCUUGGGCUGCAAGGUGCCACCACACUGGCAGAAGUACUCAAAACGAAUGACACCCUGUUGGAAAUUCAUUGUGAGCACAACGACAUCAAUCUCCAGAGCUUCACUAUUCUUGUCGAUGCUCUUGAGAAGAAUCUCACUCUACUGUACAUGCCGACGUUAGAUCAAGACCGCGCGAAGGCGAUAGAGAGGGUACGGCGUGAAGUUGAGGCUUCGAUGGAGCGGACAGAAAGUCCUCAGCCGAAUAAAAGUGGACAUUCACUCAAGAAGGUCAUUGGAGGCGCCUUGACAGGCAAGCAUCACCGACAUGGGCACGGGCAUCGACACAGCAGUUCAGUCUCCUCCGCUGGCUCGUUCACUGAACAGGAUGUAGCAGCGGUGAUUAUGACGUUGGAAGAGAAAUGGAACGUACAAGUGACAAGAUUGCAAAAGUAUCUGUUCCGAAACUACUGUCGAGCUCAAGGCGAGCAAUGGGAGGAUGACAGUGGAGGCAACAGUGCUCAAUCGCAGAUACUGGCGCCCGAGUCUGUUGCUCAGAUGAUGCAAAGAGUCCACCUUGAUCGAACUCCUACCAACGAGAACCCGCAAGUCUUGGACUAUAUUGAUGAAAAAUUGGAAGAUAAACGACACCAUGUUUUUCCGAUACCUCAAGAUGACGAGGAAUAA